AGCACAGUCAAACUGAGUUUAUGCAUUGAAUCGCGUCGAAGAAAACGGACGAGAGUGUGCAGCAUGAAGUUCAGACGUCACAGUAAGAAAUCAAAUGUCAAUACUGGACUUCCGUAGAAAAACGUUCAAGCUCUGCAUUGGCGGUAGCGGUCGGUAGGGAGUAGAGUCCCUCUAGUGACUAGAGGGAUUGUAGUAGGGAGCCGUUAAUGCGUGGACGCUUUUCAAAGAGGGAAGAGAGUAUGUCAUCUACGGUGGAGUUAGUUCAUGAUUUAUCGACUGUGACAAGUAGUUGCGAGUAGUUACUGGCACAUCUGAUCUCCUCAUUGGAGGAGUCAGCCAUAAGGAAAGGAAGGGGAGUUGCGAGUAGUCACCAGUGAUUAUAAGAUUAUACAAAACACAUUCGCGCGAGAUCCUUCACGGUCUGACAGAAUUUUGUAACCUGUCCUGCUUUAAGAUAAGAGUUCUAAGCUCCGAUGUUGGAAAUUUGAGAAUCAUCUGCAGAAAAAUCGGUCAGUCCGAUCGAUCCUUGCAUCAUGAUCAAGGCAAUUUUAGUUUUCAACAACCAUGGAAAGCCACGGCUUUCUAAAUUUUAUCAGUACUUUAAUGAGGACAUGCAGCAGCAAAUAAUUAAGGAGACAUUUCAACUUGUCUCAAAGAGAGAUGACAAUGUCUGCAAUUUUUUAGAAGGUGGUAGCCUUAUUGGAGGUUCAGACUAUAAGCUGAUAUAUCGUCAUUAUGCCACCCUGUAUUUUGUGUUUUGCGUUGAUAGUUCAGAAUCUGAAUUAGGAAUCCUAGAUCUGAUUCAAGUAUUUGUGGAAACACUUGAUAAGUGUUUUGAGAAUGUGUGUGAGUUGGACCUCAUUUUUCAUGUUGAUAAAGUCCAUUAUAUACUCAAUGAACUCGUUAUGGGUGGUAUGGUUUUGGAAACUAACAUGACUGAAAUACUUACAAGAAUCGAGGAUCAGAACAAACUUGAAAAACAAGAGGCUGGAAUCACCGCAGCGCCGGCGCGCGCCGUUUCGGCAGUCAAGAACAUGAACAUACCGCAGCAGAUAAAGGAUAUGAAGCUGCCGGACUUGCCGCAAGCAAUCAAAGAUCUGAAGUUCUGACCAGCAGUGACGUCGUUAGCUCCUAGCUGACUGGUUUCAACCUCUGCCUCGAACAUGACCGACACCACGACAACGACCUUUUCCUCUUCCUGUCAAGUACACGAGAACGCACCUAUGCUGCCUAGUGCCUCAUCUUACGCAUGCCCUGGUCUUUCUCACCAUUACCAGAGCUAAGGAUCCCUGGACAUCGCUGUUCCGCUAUCGAAGGUGGAUUGACAUGUGUGCCAAGACUAACUAAUCCUUUUGUCGGUCCACAGAUCGGAUCGGCGAUAAGUCAGGAUUCAGAUGGUGAAAGUGAAUUAAAGUUGUUGGUUUUCUUAAAUUAUAAAAUUGCGCGAGGUGUUUCAAAGUGACACAUAAAAUAAUGUGAGAGAAAUACAGAUUUAUCAACGAUGAACAGUUAUAAAAAAAAAACAGUUUAAUAAUGACUGUCUGCGAUAUUGCAUUUUUUUUAACUCUCCAUUGUGCAUAGUUAAUCAUAAGUCCUAAACAAAUAAUUCGCUAUUGCUCCCUGCUCGUCCGAGAAAAUCUCACUAUUGCACGUAUACCUAGCAGAUACGCUAAAUGUUCAUGUUAUUCUGUAUUAAAUAUAUAUUGAAUAAAUAUUAUGUCCAAUUA